AGCGCUCUUCCCCAGAAGGUGACCGCGGCGAGAUAGGCUGCGGCCUAGAUGUGGGGCUGGAGGGCCGGGGCCUUGCUUCGGGGAUGGGGGCGACGGCUGGUGGGGGCCCCCGGAAGGAGACUGCUAAGCUGCCACGCUGCCUCGCAGGCAGGAAACAGUGCGCCGCGGUGUUGGAAGUGCGGCAGCCCACGGGGCCCUGCGCGGGGGGACGGACUCUUCUGUCCGCAGUGCAGCGCGCUGCAACCACCUGACCCCACUCGAGACUACUUCAGCCUCCUGGAUUGCCACCAUUCCUUCCGAAUUGACACCACAAAGCUCCAGCGUAAGUACCAGCAGCUACAGCGCCUCGUCCACCCCGAUUUCUUCAGCCAGAGGUCUCAGACUGAAAAGGAAUUCUCAGAGAAGCAUUCAACCAUGGUGAAUGAGGCCUAUAAGACUCUCCUGGCCCCCCUGAGUAGGGGACUAUACCUACUAAAGCUCCAUGGAAUAGACAUUCCUGAAGGGACAGAUUAUGAAAUGGACAACCAGUUCCUCGUGGAAAUAAUGGAAAUUAAUGAAAAACUUGCAGAAGCUCAAAAUGAAGCUGCCAUAAAAGAGGUUGAAUCCACUGUCAGAGGAACUAGAUUUGGGGUUAUAUCACAAGAUCUGCAUGGUGAUUUCAGCCUCAGGGGAGAAAAUUUAAAUGACGUUGGGGGGAUGGAGAAACAGAAGCAAGGCUGGAGGACAAAGCAAGUUUAUGAAAACUGCGAAUCUGGUGAAGAAGAUGGGAGAGAGCGAAUGAAGGAAUAGAAAAGAACAACAAACAACAACAAAAAACUACAGUGUUCACAUAAAAACAAGAGCAAACAA